UUAAAUAAAAACAAAAAAUAAUGGCUCUGUUCUGUUCCUUUGCGCUGCGCCUCGUAAAGGCUGACUGACAAAAAACCAUUAGCGGGUGGAAGCUUUGAGAGAGUCAGAGUUUAACUGCAGGUAGCUGAGUUGAGAGAUUAUCAAAGUCCGUCAGCAGCACUUGAUCUGCAUAGAACGUGCCCAAUUGUGUAAAAAGUCUGAAAUACUAUACUAUAUUUAUACAUUCUCCAGCUACUAGUGAGACCUUCUUGGAUAUCUGUUUCGAUACAAUAAUGGCUCUUCCCGGUUCCCUGCAGUUGUCCCAUGGAUUGGGACUUUGCAGGAACCUGGACUGCAGUAAACAUUCGAGGGCUGCGGAUCGUGGCAAAUUACAUUUAUAUAGUGCAGGUCCUUCAUAUCCUAUUUCGUUCAUGAGACAGGAAUGCAGGGGUUUUCAACACCUUCGUCAUAUAAACAGGCCAGCACAUACAUUAUCUUGCAAAUCCCGCUCUUUUAAGUGUCAUUGUUUUUUAGGCCAACCAAAUGAGCUUCCUGCUGUUAAGGUGGCUGCUACAGUGUUGGCUAGGUCUUGUAAUGUGUUACAAAAUAGUCCUACCAUAGUAAAGUUGAUUCCUGCAGUUGGUGUUAUCAUUUUUGCAGUAUGGGGUGUUGGUCCAUUAUUGUUUCAGACAAGGAAAUUACUUUUUCAGAGGAGUGAUAGUAGUUGGAAGAGAAGUACCACUUACUAUAUAAUAACUUCUUACCUUCAGCCAUUACUGUUAUGGACUGGAGCAAUACUUAUUUGCAGAGCAUUGGAGCCAUUAAUCCUACCUUCAGAAACUAGCCAGGUUGUUAAGGAACGACUUUUGAAUUUUGUAAGAUCAUUAUCAACAGUACUGGCCUUCGCCUAUUGUUUGUCAAGUGUAAUUCAGCAAGCGCAGAAAUUCUUAGCAGAGAGUACUGAUGCAAGUGAGACGAGAAAUAUGGGAUUCCAAUUUGCUGGCAAAGCUGUUUACUCUGCGGUAUGGAUAGCUGCCUUUUCACUGUUCAUGGAAUUGCUGGGCUUCUCUACCCAGAAAUGGGUUACUGCAGGAGGUCUUGGGACAGUUUUGUUGACCCUUGCUGGUCGUGAGAUAUUUACAAACUUCCUUUCGAGUGUGAUGAUUCAUGCAACCCGGCCUUUUGUGGUUAAUGAAUGGAUUCAAACAAAGAUUGAAGGAUAUGAGGUUUCUGGUACCGUCGAGCAUGUUGGCUGGUGGUCACCAACAAUUAUUAGAGGUGAAGAUCGUGAAGCUGUUCACAUUCCAAACCACAAAUUUACAGUGAAUGUUGUGCGGAACCUUAGUCAAAAAACACAUUGGCGAAUCAAAACCCAUCUAGCCAUUAGUCAUUUGGAUGUAAAUAAGAUUAAUAACAUUGUUGCUGACAUGAGGAAAGUCUUAGCCAAAAAUCCUCAAGUUGAGCAGCAGAGGUUGCACAGGAGAGUGUUUUUGGACAACAUAAAUCCUGAAAAUCAGGCACUUUUGAUUCUGGUGUCUUGUUUUGUUAAGACCUCACAUUUUGAAGAAUAUCUGUGUGUUAAGGAAGCUGUACUGUUGGAUCUUCUUAGAGUUAUUGGCCAUCACCGAGCCCGACUUGCCACACCAGUCCGUACCCUGCAGAAAAUAUACAGUGAUGCUGACUUGGAGAACAUACCAUUUGCAGAUUCGACAUUUGGUCGUGGUGCUGGGACAGUACCUAACCGUCCAUUAUUAGUGAUCGAACCAUCUUAUAAGAUCAAUGGAGAUGAUAAGAAAAGUCGAUCGGCACGGCCAGCUGUUGAUCAAGAUAACAAGACAGCUACGCGAACCAAAGUUGACACUGAGGGGGAUAACAAAGUUGUGACACCUAACUCUGAUGCAAAUGGAAACUCUAAGACAGUUGUGACUCCUAACUCUGAUGCAAAUGGAAACACUAAGACAGUUGUGACACCCAAACCUGAUCCUGAAGUGGGUGAAAACAAGCCACUGAAAUCAGAUUCAAGCAGGGAGAACGUGGAGGUGCCAGAAUCUCCUUCUAAAUCCAAAGUUACUGGUUUGGUAGUGGAUAAUUCAGCCCAGAAGGACGUAGAUGUCAAACAAGCCAAGGUUCAUACCACUAAAAACACAAAGCCAAAUAUUGACUCUGACAAUGUAGUGUCCUCCUCCUCAACUAACAAUGCUGACAAAACUGGUGGAUUUAAUACGAAUAUGCCAAUGAAACAGCAAGGGGAAAAGAAACCUGCUGCACAGCCUCAUGCAUCCAGGACUGUUCUUGAAGAGAAUAUAGUACUAGGUGUUGCAUUGGAGGGAUCAAAGAGGACACUUCCCAUUGAUGAAGAGAUUGACAAUGUGACAUCUCGAGAGGCAAAGGAAAUGGCUGCAUUGCAGAGUGGAAAUGGAUCUCCAAAGGCUCCAGAUGGAAAUGACAACUAGUUAUUAUAAGCAGCGAGUUCGACUAGUUAGCUCGUGUUUGCAUUGCAGUUACGUCCAAUGUAACUCCAAUCCAACACCACUCUUGUUUCUACUUUUGUACAUUGGAAAGUGGGAAAUGUUUGUUCAACGGGAUUACAACGGUUUUCCAAACACAUCCUUAGUUGUUUGAAAGCUAUGUUCCAAGUCCAACAUUACACUGCUUUAAACCAGUUUCCCACCCCUAGGAAGUUGUAUGUAUUAUCACUUCCAUGUGUCACACCCCUUUUACAAAGGACUCGAGCUGUAUUGUCAUAUCUCUUCAUUUUUUGCUGUUUCAGCAAUAUAUGGAAAAUGGCUUUCAUCAAUUAUUGGAUUAUACU